CUUACAAGCACAGUUCUAAUCCUGGUACUGCCUAGCGUACAUGACAGCAGCAAGAAAGAGAGCUCAGGUAGACCUUCUCUGCAGCUCACCCCCAGUCUGCAGACAUGAAUGACAUCAAGUUGGCUGUGCUGGGCAGUGAGGGAGCAGGGAAAUCAGCUGUUCUGGUAAGGUUCCUGACAAAACGUUUCAUUGGAGAGUAUGCUUCCAACGCCAACUCCUUAUACCGUAAAAGGCUCUCCAUCGAAGGAAGACUGUUGCACUUGGAAGUCUUUGACCCGUGUUCACAGAGUGGAGAGAGCAGAUGUAUCCUGGAGGAGCCGGUGGAGUGGGCUGAUGGAUUUAUCGUGGUGUACAGCAUCAGCGACCGAACGUCCUUCCUCAACGCACAAAACAUCCUAUGUCAGAUCAAAGAUGCCCGCGGAGAGAGCUACAAGGGGGAGAUGGACAAGAUGGACAUCCCAAUCUGCCUGGUGGGGAACAAGCAGGACCUGUGCCACGCCCGUCAGGUGUUUGAGGAGGAGGGCCGUGCCUUGGCUCAGGAGCACAGAUGCCACUUCCAGGAGGUGUCUGCAGCAGAGGACUACCUGGAGAUAUCCAACCUCUUCACCAAGCUCAUCCGCCACGUCAUGGAGCACCUGAAGUACCGGGCCGACCGCCGCCGCUACAGUGGCUCUAAAUCCAUGGCCAAGCUCAUCAACAAUGUCUUCGGCAAGAGGAGGAAGUCUGUCUGAAAGUGGGGGUGCUCAUGUGGACGUUGAUUGGAUGUUUGAUUGGGACGACUUGUGUUUAUAUAGACAUGUGGAUGCCUGGGUUGUUGAUUCUGAUGAACACCUCUUGUGAUAGGGACAGGGACAGCUCUGUAAGUGUGAAUGACACACUUCAUAGUCAAAACUUUAUCUGUAUCCCCUGUUUACUGUUUAUUAUGUAACAUCUACAUAUGUAGCAACGGCUGACCCUAUUUAGUGUCAUGUUUGUCAUGUAAUCAAACAAUAAUUCUAUUUUUUCAAGAAGUCACUUUGCCAUUCAGAUUUGCUUACGUUUUUAUUUUUCCUUCUUGAUAUUCUAAAUCCCAUGUUGCCAGUAGAGGAGCCUUCAAGGCUUAAGUUCCUUUCCUAAUUCCAAACCAUUUCAAGGAAAAUUACUUUCCAAAAGUUGUUUUAUGGAUCUAAGAGCACAACAUAUUUGAGUUUGCAUCAAGGAAUGUGCACCAAUGUCUGAACUCACAUUCCACCUCUCAGAGGGGGCAGUAAUAAGGUGAGAAUUACGGGUAAAUUGCCUCACUAACAACAUGUUAUGGUGUAGGACUUCACAUAAAUCUCUAUUGAAUUUCUGCUGUGGCAGUAUUACAUGGGCUGUUUAUAAUUUUAAGCUAUAACAAUGGGUAAAAUUGCUUUUCCGUGAAAAGGAAUGUAAGCAGCUAGUAUAUCCAUUCCCUACAUAGUAGUAAAGGAAUGUGCAGCUAUUUCCUUUGCAUGUACAUAUUCUGUUGAUUUCCUGUGUUCAAUGUGUUUGCUGAUGUAUUACAACUUUGGAUAGUACGAGCAAAAGUCUGUGAUCGUGUUAUGCAUAAAAACAAACGUUUCUAGUUUAAAAUUACCCACUGGGCACAGACGUCAAUUCAACGUCUAUUCCACGUUCGUUCAACGUAAUUUCAUUGAAAUGACGUUGAUUCAACCAGUGUGUACCCAGUGGCUGAUUAUGCCUGGUGUGGACCAACUUGUAAUUAAAUAGCUAUUUGGGGGUAUGAGUAUUGUGUGAAUUAUUCAAUGAACUAAAUAAUGUCCCAUUUGUAUUAUGUGUUUUAAAGUCAAUGAUUCAGCUACACUCCAAUAGUUUGUUCUGGUGAAACACAUGGCUUUUUUAAAUUCAAUAAUUUUGUUGAAUAGUGAUUUGAAUAUGAAUCUAAUGCAAAACACCCACAAUUAGCAUACCAGUCAUUGCUUUGGAGUCAUUACAUAGUCAUAGUGUUUUUUAUUUUAUUGUAUUUUUUUAACUAGGCAAGUCAGUUAAGAACAAAUUCUUAUUUAUAAUGACAGCCUACCCCGGCCAAACCCGGACGAUGUCAUUACAACUAUGUUCCGACUGUUGGUAGGAUAAUGUGUAUACAACCCAGCUCAGUCCUGCAAGGCUUAACUGCUGUGCUUGGAUUCUGUUUGCAUGUGAUCAGCUAUCUCAUCUGGUGAUUGUUAUCUUUGCAAAGAGCAGAAACAUUGAUUUAACUCAGCUUGUAAUGUCUUUAAAUGUCUGUCAAAUGUCUGUUUUUAGCAUCUCUGUCCAAAAUGUUAUCCCCAAGUUUGAAAUGCAUUUUUAGUUUGGCUCAGUUCUUAAUAAGGAAUUUAAUAUCACAAUGAUGUUUUAUGUCUUUUCCAUUCUGUUGUAUUUAGAAAAGAUGGUCAUAUGUUGAUAGACAAUAAAAUUGCUAAAAUAUACUAUUCAAACAUCACUCUUUCAAAUGU